AUGGAACCACCUUCAAUGUUGCAGCACAAGGAGCUUCCCUCAAGCGAUGCAGAAACAGACCGUAUGGAAGGGAUCGAUGAACGAGAGAGUCAGCUUGAACAGUUAGCUGAGGCGCAAGAGAACAAAAGAAAGAGAAAUUCGGAAAGUGAUGAUGUAGCUGGAAAAAAGGCCAAAGUAGAAGACCAGAAGGAAACGGAUGGGACUGAAGAGAACAAAGAGCCAGAGGGAAGAUGCUCUGGAAAAGAUUCUGCCCAAAUAGAAGUAAAACAUGAAAAAACGUACAUCCAAGGAGGUGCUGAUAACAAUGAACAAACAAGUGUAGAAGAAGGGAAACAUGAAAACAAAAAGCAAAUUGAAGACGGAACAGCCAAAAAGGAAGAAGAAGUUGCUGCUGAUGGCAAUGAUGAAGAGGAAGAGGAGGAAGAGGAGGAAGAUGGUGAUGACGAUGAGGAAGGUGAAGGGGGAAGAAAAGGAGCAGAAGGAGAACUGCAAAAUAACGUAAAAGAACGGGACAAUGACGCAAAUGAACAUCAAGUGGAGAGGAAAAACAAAGGACUUGAGGAGAGAGAGAUGAAUCGGGUCAAUGCAGUUAAUGAUUUGAAAGAGAUUGAAAUCCUAUUUGCACAGCUGAAGGAUAAACUCUAUGAGACACAACUGACAAAGCUUGAGUUCGAAUUAAAAUUGUGUGAGAAUAACCAACAUCCAGAACUAUUAGACUACAUGAGAAUGAUUGAUGAGGAUUUCAAAAAGAAAACAGAGAGGUUAAUGAACCUGCAAAAAUAUCAAUUGAAAACAUUAGAUAACCAAACUAGAGCAACAAGGGUUGCAAUUCAUCAACAAUUCAUGAAGCUACGACAAGAUAUCAAACAAGAAGAAGUUGUGAAAAUUACUACCGAUUGGUACGACAUCAAUAAGGAGAGAAGAGUUUUGGACAUGCAAGCCAUGGGAUUACCUGAGUAUUAUCAGUACAACAGGAGCAUCAAUAGCUACAACAUUCAGCAAUAUAUACCAUCUCUAAUAAAUCAAAGGAAUUCAACGUACAGAGAGCUUGCUAAAAUACAGGGACUCAUCAACUACAAGGAGAUGUUUCCAAGUUCCUUGAAUAACCUAAAGGGAUGCACGAGAGAUGAGCUUGACGAAGAUUUGAAGGAUUUAGGGCUAUUUAAAAACGGCACCGCCAAAAAAAACUCAGCCACAGACAAUAGUGUAUAG